CAUUUCAUGGGUGACUUCAAUCUACCACACCCACGACAGCCUCGUUUUCGGGCCUUUCCGAUUUCACGAUGUUUAUGGGGCUUUCCAUUUAUGUCUUCAAUCCAAACUUAUGGUCAAAUUCUUUCCGCCAGGUUGUUCCCCCAUUCACUUGAUCUUCGGCGAUUACUUGGUGUUGCCCAGCCGUGUUCAUUGGUUUCUUUUGUUUUCUCUUUCCGUCUAGCAUUUCCUAAAUAGGGUUUGUUCGGACAAACAUUCAACUAAGAUCAUAAAAGGAAACGAACCCCGCUGAUUUUGGGGUUCUACACCAGUUCUUUAUGUUUCCUAUUGCAAUGUGUUGGUUAUUCUCAAAUUUGGUGAUUCCAAAACCCUGUCUUUCACAUUCAUUCGAUCUCCUGGUUAUUGCGGUAUGCGCUCUUGCUUCUAUAUAGAUUUUUGUUAUUGCAUUGUAUUGAUACACGUCCGGACGCUGGGCUGAAGAUUUCGUGGGUCAGAUGAAUUGGUGUGUGUAAUUUAUGGUUGUUGUAGAGUACGUUUGAGCCUAUCGUUAGGUAAUUUGUUUUUGUAGAUGAAGAAGCUUAAAACAGAACCUCCUGUUGCGAGGAGGUUCAGGUUGUCGCAUUUUCUUCUCGUAAUUGGAUUGUUGUAUUUAGUUUUCAUAUCGUUUAAGUUCCCACGUUUUUUUGAAAUUGCUACAACGUUGAGUGGGGAUGAAAGUAAUAUUGGGUUGGAUGGGACAAUCGGAGUGGAUAGGGAAGGGGUGGAUUUUAGCAAAGCAUCGUUGGCUUCUGUUUAUAAGGAUACAUUUCAUCGGAAAUUGGAAGAUAACCAGCACUUAGAAGCACCAUUGAUGCCUAAAACAGAGCCACUCGAAGAGGUGAAUAAUGUUACCGGACCUAUUAAGCCGAUUCAGCAUAAAUAUGGUCGGAUUACUGGGAAAGUUUCGAGUCAGCAGAAUCAUACUAAUGACUUUUCCAUCCUCGAGAAAAUGGCAGAUGAAGCUUGGACAUUAGGCUUGAAGGCUUGGGAAGAAGUGGAUAAAUUUGGAUUAAAUGAGACUACUGAAAGUUCUAUGCUCGAGGGAAAGCCCGAGUUGUGUCCUUCAUGGAUAUCUACGGAAGGGAAGGAACUGUUAGAGGGAGAUGGAAUCAUGUUCCUUCCUUGUGGGCUUGCUGCAGGUUCAUCUAUUACAAUAAUUGGAACCCCGCAUCACGCUCAUGUGGAGUAUGUACCCCAACUUUUGAAGCUGGGAGGUGAUCCUACGGUUUUGGUUUCACAGUUCACGGUUGAAUUGCAAGGAUUGAAAUCAGUUGAUGGUGAAGACCCACCAAAGAUCCUUCACUUGAAUCCACGACUGAAAGGCGAUUGGAGUAAACGGCCGGUCAUUGAACAUAAUACAUGUUACAGGAUGCAGUGGGGAACGGCUCAAAGGUGUGAUGGCUUGCCAUCAAGUAGCGAUGAUGAAAUGCUUGUUGAUGGAAAUCUUCGUUGUGAUAAAUGGCUGAGGAGUGAUAUUGUAGACUCAAAAGAAACAAAAACAUCCUCAUGGUUCAAGAGAUUCAUAGGGAGGGAGCAGAAGCCAGAAGUAACCUGGCCAUUUCCCUUUGUGGAGGGUAGAUUGUUUAUCCUCACACUACGUGCAGGCGUUGAUGGAUACCAUAUUAAUGUUGGGGGUCGGCACUUGACUUCUUUUGCCCAUCGCCCUGGAUUUACGCUUGAAGAUGCAACUGGAUUAGCUGUUAAGGGAGAUGUAGACAUUCAUUCUACAUAUGCUACAUCUCUUCCUACCUCUCAUCCAAGCUUCUCUCCCCAUCGAGUUCUUGAGAUGUCAGAGAUAUGGAAAUCUCAGCCUUUACCAAAGAAAUCGGUCUAUCUUUUUAUUGGUGUUCUAUCUGCUACUAAUCACUUUGCGGAGCGCAUGGCUGUUAGGAAAACUUGGAUGCAAUCUUCAGCUGUGAAGUCAUCAAAUGUAGUUGUUCGCUUCUUUGUUGCACUGAAUCCGAGGAAGGAGGUCAAUGCUGUGCUGAAGAAGGAAGCCGCAUACUUUGGUGAUAUCGUGAUCCUGCCCUUCAUGGACCGCUAUGAGCUAGUUGUUCUCAAGACUAUUGCUAUAUGUGAGUUUGGGGUUGUGAAUUUGACGGCUUCAUAUGUUAUGAAAUGUGAUGACGACACCUUUGUGAGGGUGGAAACUGUUAUAAAACAGAUUGAAGGCAUUUCAUCCAAGAAGUCCCUAUACAUGGGCAAUCUCAACCUCUUGCAUCGCCCUCUCAGACAUGGAAAAUGGGCAGUCACAUAUGUGGAAUGGCCAGAAGAAGUGUAUCCUCCAUACGCCAAUGGCCCAGGAUAUAUCAUUUCCAUUGACAUUGCCAAAUACAUUGUGGCUCAACAUGAAAGCAGGAGCUUGAGGAUAUUCAAGAUGGAGGAUGUGAGCAUGGGAAUGUGGGUCGAGCAGUUCAACAGCACGGUGGCGAUCGUUCAGUACUCGCACAGCUGGAAAUUCUGCCAGUAUGGGUGCAUGGAGGACUAUUUUACAGCACACUAUCAAUCUCCAAGGCAGAUAAUUUGCCUGUGGGAUAAAUUAACGCAGGGCCACGCUCACUGUUGCAACUUCAGGUGACAAUUUUCCACAAUUUUUACCCGCUCUAUUUCUACCUGUGUUUAUUGUUCAGUGUUAGCGUUACAAACUGUGAUGCAUUAUAACUGUUAAUUUUUUUUUUCUUUUCUUUUUUUGUUUCAUCAACAACAAUUUUCCUGUAUAGAUUAUAAUGUGGAAUGGGAAUUUUGAUAUGAGGUAGCAUGAUUCCUCUUGUUA